AUGGAGAGAACAGAGUUGAUUUUCAUUCCAGGGCCGGGAAUGGGUCACCUCGUUGCUGCUGUGGAAAUUGGCAAGUUACUCACAAGCCGAGCCCAUUGGCUUUCAAUUACAUUCUUCAUCAUCGAUCUUCCAAUUGAAACCGGCGUACAUACCUAUACAAGUUCACUAGAAAUAGAUGAUUCUACCUCGUCACGUCUACGAUUCUUGCACCUUUCUUCUCCUCAACCUCAAAGUAACAAUCUUUCAAAUCAAGAAGCUCUUCUUGUUGAAACCUUUGAUAAUUCCAAGCAGCUAGUAAGAGAAGCAAUAGUCCUCAACUUUGUGACCAAUAAGAGUAAUUCUAGGACUCGACUGGCUGGUGUGAUCGUUGACAUGUUCAGUGACAAAAUGAUAGAAGUAGCAAUUGAUCUUGGUCUACCAAGCUACGUAUUCUUCACUUCUAGUGCUGCCUUUCUUGGCCUCCUGUUUUAUGCACAGACACUUAAAGAUGAGUACAAUCGUGAUAUCUCCGAUUUCAAGGACUCGGACACGUUACUGCCCGUUUCGACGUACUUACAUCCUCUUCCUGCAAAGGUUUUGCCAAAUGCCAUGCUUGAUAAACAUGGCCGUUUGCACCUACCUCUGUCUACUGCUCGAAUGAUACGGCAAGCAAAAGGAAUUAUAAUUAACACUUUCAUUGAGCUCGAGCCUCAUUCAAUUAAAUCCCUCGCUAAUGAUAAUGGGGUUCCGUCUUUAUACCCGGUCGGGCCUAUAAUAAACCUGAUACAAGGACCGGACGAGGGUAUCAAUAGUUGGUUAGAUGAGCAACAAGAUUCUUCGGUAUUGUUCCUCUGUUUUGGAAGCUAUGGUUCCUUUGACGAGGAACAAUUGAAGGAGAUUGCAAUAGCCCUUGACCGAAGUGGCUGCCAUUUCUUGUGGGCAUUACGGCAGAACCAGGCCAAGGGCAAAAUAGGUGCUCCGGAUGAUCUUACACAUCCGGAGCAAGUGUUGCCAGAAGGUUUCUUGGAACUAACUAUGCAGAGAGGGAAAGUGAUCGGAUGGGCACCUCAAGUGGCAGUGCUAUCUCACAAGUCAAUUGGAGGAUUUAUUACGCAUUGUGGUUGGAAUUCGAUACUGGAAAGCUUGUGGUUUGGAGUUCCAAUGGCAACAUGGCCUAUGUAUGCAGAGCAACAAGUAAAUGCUUUCGAGCUGGUGGUUGAUUUGGAGAUGGCCGUGGAUAUAAAGAUGGAGUAUCGGAGUGAGAGUCCCGUUUUAGUCACGGCAGAGGAGAUACAGAGCGCGAUAAGGAGACUGAUGUUGGAUGAUACAAAGGAGAAAAAUGGUAUCAGAAAAAAAUUGGAGGAGAUGAAAGAAAAAAGCAGGAGAGCCUUGUUACAAGGAGGAUCAUCUUACCAUUUUCUGGAGAACAAAAAGAAGAACAAAAGCAGAAAACCAAUACAGGCAGCUUAUAUGGAGAAAUUAGCCGAACUAAUUGUCAUCCCAUCUCCAGCAAUGGGCCAUGUUGCUCAAAUGUUGGAGUUAGCAAAACUCCUCAUCCACCAAAAUCAUCAGCUCUCAAUCACUGUCCUCAUUAUGAAACUCCCCGAUUACAUCGACGCGGUUAGUGGCCCUUUCGUCGACUCCGUAGCUGCUUCAUCCUCCUCCAAUCGCCUCCAAUUCAUCGCAUUACCGUCUCCUGAUCCAACCCCAGAAUGGAGUUCCAAAACCCGAGGACAUUUCGUCUAUCGGUUAGUACAAAGCCAGAAAUCCCACAUCAGGGAAUUCUUGAGAAGUCAACGCCCUGGUUGUAAACUCGCUGGAUUUGUUGUGGACAUGUUGUGCACUCCGUUAAUGGAUGUAGCCGACGAGUUUGGGAUCCCGAGCUACGUGUUUUUCACCUCGCCAGCUGCUUUUCUUGGAUUGAUGCUUCAUUUCCAGUUUCUUGAAGAUGAGUGCCACCAAGAUGUUUCCACUUUCAAGAACUCCGACAGUACUUCUCCGUUAUCGUUUCCUAGUUACGCAUACCCAGUUCCUCCUAGUGUAUUGCCAAUGGUCCUAGUCGAUAGAGACACAUGGUUAGGGAGAUUUCUUGAUUUCGCUCGUGGCUAUAGAAAGGCUAAAGGCAUCAUCAUUAACACCUUUGCGGAACUAGAAAUCCACGCCUUAGAUGCUUACAACAACAACAGCAGCAGCAAUGAUAUUUCAAGAUCUGAACGGGUCCCACUGCCACUCAUUUAUCCAAUUGGUCCAAUUUUGAACCAGUCAAAAUCCAAGUCAGCCACAGAGGAGGCAGAAAUAACAAAUUGGUUGGACGAACAGCCACCAAAUUCGGUGGUGCUAAUCUGUUUUGGAAGCCAGGGAAGCGUACCGGUUGACCAAGUGAACGAGAUCGCUAUAGCUCUAGAGAAAACCGGCUGCCGGUUCUUGUGGUCUUUACGCAGGCCACCACAGAGCAACAACGCAGAAUUCCCAGGAGAAUACACGAGCUAUUCAGAAAUCUUGCCGGUGGGAUUCCUAAACCGGACAGAGAAAAGAGGGAAAGUGGUGGGAUGGGUCCCGCAAUUGAAAGUUUUGUCCCACGAAGCAGUCGGGGGAUUUGUGUCACACUGCGGAUGGAAUUCGAUACUCGAAAGUAUAUGGUGUGGGGUGCCUAUAGCGACCUGGCCAUUGCACUCGGAGCAGCAGGUAAAUGCGUUUCAGUUGGUGAAAGAAGUGGGAACCGCAGUUGAGAUCACUUUGGAUUACUGUGAAAGGAAUAAAGAUCAACCGAUGGUAACUGCAGAAGCCAUAGAAAAAGGUGUAAAGAAAUUGAUGGAAACUAACUCUGAAGUAAGAGAUAAAGCAAAGGAGAUGAAGGAGAAGAGCAGGACUAGCGUAAUGGAAGGUGGAUCUUCGUACUUGUCUCUUGGGAAACUCAUUGAUGAACUACUGAAGAACGCAGCUUUGUUACUUUGUUCAUAAUUUUACCAUAAAUGAGGUAGAGUUUCUGUAAGUGUACUAAAAUUAUCUCCUACCCAAUUUACAGAUCCUUGUUAAUCAUAUCUUGUUAUACUUUCUAUUUUUUAAAAGGUGAUGGUGGUAGGGAAUAUUUCAGAGAUUUGAAUUUAAUAA